CGACACAGGUCGCAGUUUGUCUGCGCCGCACUACCACGCCCGCCUCACCACCCGCCUCUAUAUCCCCACGCACCAGCCGCCCAUCGCGGCUGCCACCAUAGCCAAAAUUACUCACCACGAGGCCCGUCAUUCCCUCCUAGGAGGCCAACCGCUCGACCGAGGCUACGCGCCCUACCCCAACACGACGUAUCAACCAACAUACCCACCGCAGCCCUCUUUCGAUACCCAGCCUGGGGGGUAUCACCACCGCGAAGGCUUCCCCACUACGCUCCCGCCUGUUGUGCGCCGCCCACCGAGGAUGUACGUUCCCAAUACGCGAUGGACCUGGGCUUUCAUGCUCACGGCCAUCUGCCAGGUCGGCAUUGCCCUCGCCCUCGAGUCAUAUGUCUUUAGCAAAUUCCAGAAUGAAAUCCAUUUCGCAGCCUCUGGUGCAGGCGCCAAUGAGACCCGCACGAUUCCCACUUUCCUCGCCGUCUUCAUGUUCGGCUACGUCUACCAACUAUUCCUCACAUGGGAUGCCCUGCGCAUGAAGAAUACCAUCCAGGUCAUCGGGCUCGUUCUCUACAACAUCGGUAUUCUCAUCUACGCCGCUAUCCAAUUCGAUCAGAUCAAGGACGCUGCCGACGACCUCAACACGCGCCGCUUUAUUCCCCAAGACUUCUGGGACGACGUCAAGCCCAUGCUCAUUGCUCUGCCUGUUCUGAUGGCUGUCGCUACCGUCAUCUUCGCCUUCGAAGCAUGGAAGCUGUACGACGAGUUUGCCUGGACCAUCUACAAGCGUAUCAGUGCCGAUACAAGACUGAAGAGGCGCUAUCUGACUUACCAGAUUUACAUCGCGCUCCUAAAGUUCGACUUCUUCUUCUUCCUGGCCUUCACCGUGCAGUUCCUGGUCGUCGUCAAGAACACCAAGACAGUCGAACUUGUCCUUACCGCAGCCGCCCUCGUCAUCACCUUCUUCCUUUUGUUCCUCGCCGCCUGGUGGGUCCGUCGCGAGUCUGUCGCUGGCAUGAUUGGUAUCAUCGUCGUCUACUUCAUCGCCCUCGGCUACUUCCUGUUCAAGCUCAUCCGGAUGUGGGUCGCCGAUGCCAACCGCCAGGAGGACUACAAGCCAGCCCGCAAGUCGCUGACUGCCUUUGCCAUCCUCACCAUCCUCCUACUCAUCAUCACUAUUGUGACCGCCUGCUUGUGCACACACAAUUUCAACAAGGGCUUGAAGCCCCAUGUCAACGACAAGAUUGUCCAAAACGACAAGACAUACAACACAGAGAUGCCAUCAUUGAGCGGACCUGCGCCAUCACAACGGAUGGAAAUCGACUAGUCGCCCUUUUUACAUACCCCAUUACACAAAAUUUACGACAUGACUUCUUGGAUACCUGCUUUCUGCAAGCAUAGCUUCAUCAUACCCGGAUGA